GUCCCGUGAGACUUGAAUGACUGUCGCUCUGCCCUGCCCUCUUCGCCCCGCUCACCCUUUAUAAUUUCGAACGCUACACUUACUCUCCACCUUACCUCCCAUACUUAAACACCCGCCCUCGCAAUAUCAACUGUUAUCGCAACAUAUAAAUUUAACAAGGCUCUAAACUGCUGGAAAGCGAGCAAACAACAUGAAUCUCUAUUCCACUAUUAUGUCGAUACAAGAGUACAUCUCAAGUCCCUCACAUACCUCGACCUUCACCAGCACUGGCCAGCUCACCCCGGAAGAGUUCGUCGACGCUGGGGACUUUCUCGUCUACAAGUUCCCCACUUGGAGCUGGCAGCCAGCUGCCCCGGGAAAGAGCGUUACCCAUCUACCUGAAAACAAGCAGUUCCUAAAGCUCCGUCACGCUCCAUGCCAUUCUCGUCUUGAUGAUAGUUUUUCUCCUUGGAAUCCUGGUGAGGCUAUUGAGGGCGUGGAUGAGUGGGAGGACAACAUUCCUAUCAAAGAUGGGGACCCUCCAACCUCUGCCAAAGUAAGGACCGUAGAUGACAAAGGCACGGAAAGUCUGGAAAAUCACCCCUACGCUUCUACAACCUUUACCUUGCUUACUCCAAAUACUACCGUACCCCACGACAUCGCUCCCGAUUACCGCGAGAAGACUGUAACUAUUGAAGAGUUCCCUCCGGAGGGCACACUUAUGGCAACUGUGCAUCCAUGCAAGCAUGCUGAGGCUAUGAAGCGUAUCUUCGACAGCAUGCUCCGACGCAAAGAGCGGGAAGAAUGGGAAGAGGUGCCUCCCGCAAAUUCCGAGGAUAAAGAAGAUGAAACAGCUGUCAGAGUGGAUAUUGAUAGCGGACUAAGAGUUGACCAGUACAUGAUUGUGUUCGUCAAGUUCAUAGCCGGUGUCGUUCCUGGGGUGGAAAUGGAUUAUACCAUGAGCAUCUAAGCUAGGAGGAUUCAGAUGGGUUUCUAAUACCUCCUUUACUUUCUCGUGUCCUUUUUAGCACUACCUUCUUAUGGAUGGUUGAGGGCUGCACGGGGCUCUGAUUUUACUUUUUUGACAUUUUCCUUCUUUUAAGUUGCACUUUUACUUUACUUUAUUCGCUGUAUGAAGGGGUUUGUGGUGUUUUGUUGCAUUCUGAGAUAUAGGAAGCUUCUUCCCUUUCCCUUCUCUUUUACGUGUAGUUACUGUAGCUAUUGCUUUCUGGUCUGAGUGAAUCGAGUAGUUAUACAUGCUUA